UUUUAUUAGUUUUACAAAUGGGAGAGCAUGAAUUUAUUUGGGAAUAUCAGUGUUUGACACCAAAAUGGUUAGAAUUUGACAAGGAAUUGAACGCUUUCUUAACAAAAGAGCUUUCGAAGAGCCAAAAAGCCGAAUAUGAAAUUGAAAAUUGGAAGAUGGAAUUCGAUCUGGAAGAGAUGAGACAACGAAAUUUGGACAGUGGAUUUGUUAGAGGGAUUAGAUGUUCUAUUCGUUUAAAUGAUAAUAAUAAAAUUGUCUGGAACUAUCAAAGUAAGCGAAGAAGAUGGGUAAGCUUGCCACCCUCUUUGGCACUUCAUUGUGAAAAAUUUUUCAAAGAAAAUGAGAAUGAUUUAUGCAGCGAGAAAUUAUCUUUUGAAAUGUUUGGGCGUGAAAUGUUUGUUGAUUUUUCUGGAGGAGAGAAUGGAAUUUUGUUGAAGGAUGUUAAUACGAGUGAACAAUUUCAAAUUAAACGGAUUGAAUCCAAAGCAGGUCCAGCAGAUACUUCAGACCCUCCACAUCCUAAAUCGAGUCCAACAAAUUUAAGGGAACGUAAAUGUAAAUUUAAAUCAACGACAAAUAAUUCAGUAAAAAGUAAGACGUCUGACAAUGACAAAAAAUCAAAAGAAAAAUCUGAAAAAUCAAAGAAAGGAAAAUCUCGAAAAAAGAAAAUUGAUGAUCAAACAGAUGAAGAAAAUGAGAACAAUAAGAGUGAAGAUGGUUCUGAGGACGAAAUCCCUUUUCCACGUAAAAAACAAAAGUUGGAUAAAAAUAAAAAGAAGGAGAAGGAAGUGGAAUUAGAAGAAGAACCAGAAAUCGAUAUUGAAUGCUCUGAUAUAAAUACCCAAGCUUAUCGUAUUUAUAAAAAUUCUGAAGGGAUUUUCUUCAAUGCAAUGCUUAAUCAAACAAAUAUUCAAAACAACAAUAAUAAAUUUUAUUUGAUACAGUUAUUAGAAAAUAGAUUGGGUGGAGAUUAUUGUGUUUGGCUUCGUUGGGGACGUGUUGGAAUGAAAGGUCAAAGUGACUUGAAUAGAUUUAAUUCUAAUUUGGAUGGGGCCUUAAAAUUAUUUGAAAGAAAAUUUAAAGAUAAGACGAAUAAUGAUUUUUUGGGGAGCCAAAAAAGUUUUGUUAAAAUUAAUGGAAAAUAUGAUUUGAUAAAAAUUGAUUAUAAACGAAAAAUUAUUCAAAAAGAGGAAGAAGUUAUUAAAGAUCAAAUUGUUUCUGUAAUGGAUGAACGAAUUAAAAAGCUUAUGCAAACACUUUGUGAUUUUAAAUCUAUGGAGAAGGAAGUGAGGCGUUUAGAUUUUGAUUUUCAACGGAUGCCUUUAGGUUUUUUUUGCUUUAAAAAUUUUUUGAAAAGUUUAAAAAAAUUUUUUGAAUUCUUCCAACGGGUUAAUUUGAAUUUUCCUUAA